GACAUGAUAUCAUGCUGGGAUGGAGAGGGAGAAUGAUUUGGCGGCGGGGAAGAAUUUGAGCUGAAGGAAGGAGGCAAGAGAGAAAAGGGAAAGAUGACCACAGUUCCCAUGAUGCAAGAAGACAGGACUACAUUUCCCAUGAUGCAUCCGGAAGGGGGGCGUAGGGAAGAAAGACUGCAUGUCCCGCGAUGCUCGAGGCUGGCGGGUGGCGGAGAUUGAACCGGAAGAGGCUUUCUGGUUCUGAGGAGUCCAGUGACUGAUAUUGAACAACCUAAAGUCCAAUAUGAAAUUGUAUUGCCUUUCAGGGCACCCUACCUUACCAUGCAACGUGCUCAAAUUCAAGUCAACCACCAUCAUGUUGGACUGUGGACUGGACAUGACUUCCACCCUCAAUUUCCUUCCUUUGCCACUUGUUCAAAGUCCCAGGCUGUCUAAUCUUCCUGGCUGGUCCCUAAAGGAUGGAAAUGCUUUCUUGGACAAGGAGCUAAAGGAGUGCUCAGGUCAUGUAUUUGUGGAUUCCGUGCCCGAAUUCUGCCUACCCGAGACGGAGCUAAUAGAUCUGUCUACGGUAGAUGUGAUCCUCAUCUCUAACUAUCACUGCAUGAUGGCUCUGCCCUACAUCACCGAGCACACCGGGUUCACAGGCACGGUGUAUGCCACUGAGCCCACCGUUCAGAUCGGCAGGCUCCUCAUGGAAGAGCUGGUGAACUUCAUUGAACGAGUUCCCAAGGCUCAGUCAGCCUCCUUGUGGAAGAACAAGGAUAUUCAGCGGCUGCUGCCUUCUCCUCUCAAGGAUGCAGUAGAAGUAUCAACGUGGAGAAGAUGCUAUACAAUGCAAGAGGUGAACUCUGCCCUCAGUAAAAUCCAGAUGGUGGGAUAUUCUCAGAAAAUUGAACUUUUUGGUGCAGUCCAAGUGACUCCUCUAAGCUCUGGAUAUGCCCUUGGAAGCUCCAACUGGAUUAUCCAAUCCCAUUAUGAGAAAGUAUCUUACGUCUCUGGAUCCUCCUUGCUUACCACACACCCCCAGCCCAUGGACCAAGCUUCUCUCAAAAAUAGCGAUGUUCUCAUUCUGACCGGUCUUACCCAGAUUCCCACCGCGAACCCAGACGGUAUGGUGGGAGAGUUCUGCAGCAACCUGGCACUGACAGUCCGGAAUGGAGGAAACGUGCUGGUCCCCUGCUACCCUUCUGGAGUGAUCUACGACCUCCUGGAGUGCCUGUAUCAGUACAUUGACUCCGCCGGCCUCUCCAGCAUCCCCUUCUACUUCAUCUCCCCGGUGGCUAACAGUUCACUUGAGUUUUCCCAGAUUUUCGCUGAGUGGCUUUGUCACAACAAACAGACUAAGGUGUAUCUCCCAGAACCACCUUUUCCUCAUGCAGAGCUCAUCCAGACCAACAAGCUGAAGCACUACCCCAGCAUCCACGGAGACUUCAGCAACGACUUCAGACAGCCGUGUGUGGUGUUCACAGGACACCCAUCCCUCCGGUUUGGGGAUGUGGUCCAUUUCAUGGAGCUCUGGGGAAAAUCUAGUCUCAACACCGUCAUAUUUACAGAACCUGACUUCUCAUACCUGGAAGCAUUGGCUCCCUACCAGCCCUUGGCCAUGAAAUGCAUAUACUGCCCCAUUGAUACGCGACUGAAUUUCAUCCAAGUGUCAAAGCUGCUCAAAGAAGUGCAGCCCCUGCACGUGGUCUGCCCCGAGCAGUACACCCAGCCGCCCCCAGCGCAGUCCCACAGGAUGGACCUGAUGAUCGACUGCCAGCCGCCCGCCAUGUCCUACCGGCGCGCCGAGGUCCUCGCCCUGCCCUUCAAGCGUCGGUACGAGAAGAUCGAAAUCACGCCUGAGCUCGCAGACUCUCUGGUGCCCAUGGAGAUUAAGCCUGGCAUUUCCUUGGCCACCGUCUCAGCCGUGCUGCACACUAAAGAUAACAAGCACGUUCUUCAGCCCCCACCCAGGCCUGCCCAGCCCGUAGGCGGCAAGAAGAGAAAGCGGGCAAGUGAGGAAGUCCCCGACUGCAAGGUUGUGAAGCCUUUGCUGAGUGGCUCCAUCCCUGUGGAACAGUUUGUGCAGACCCUGGAGAAGCAUGGCUUCAGUGAUAUUAAGGUGGAAGAUACAGCCAAGGGCCAUAUCGUGCUGCUGCAGGAAGCUGAGACACUCAUCCAGAUUGAGGAAGAUUCGACCCACAUCAUCUGUGACAAUGAUGAGAUGCUCCGGGUACGACUGAGGGACCUUGUCCUCAAAUUCCUACAGAAGUUCUAAGGGGCACACCUCGACCAUCUCCCCGUGCCCGAGCCCUGCAGUCCUUCACUCUGGCUGCCCCGUGCCCGGCUAAGGAGGGCCCUACCGCAAGGCUGGUCUCUGGGGUGGUUUCUCUGGCGUGAGAAAUAAAGCAGCAGCCCUGGAGGGACGUCCUCAGGAGUUACAGCCAGACUCUCUGUCCAGCUUCCUCACACUGAUGCAGGUGAGAGCUUUCCCCCUGUCAACCUCAGACUCGUUUUCCUCCCGAUCCUAGCCCUCUUGGGUGCCAGCUGGUAAGACAGUGAGCUGGAGCAGCAUGAGAGAGGCAGCUGCUUUCCAAGAGGCCAGGGUUGGAAGGGGAGGUAAAUAGAUGAUGAUUUGUGGCCUAUUUUUCAUGCUUUCACAGGCCUCAGUUGAGGGAACUAAUCUUUGAUUUUUGUUUUAUUUACUUGUCUACAGUGCUGUACCUAGUCAGAAAGACGAUCCCAAAAUUAGUAGGAACCCAUCUAUUUGUAUUUUAUAAUGUGAGCCCAUUGUUAAUAAAACUUAUUUUGUAUAGAAGUAUGUAUUUUCUGUGUUCUGUUGAACUUUGAACUUAUGUAUUCAUUUGGUAUCUGAAAAAUAUUAAAAUAUAUAG